UCAUUGGCUAGUGCGUUUUACUGUUUUAUGGUGGGUCUUUAUUUUCCUCUCAGGGUCAUUAUAUGAAACCUCCAAUCUGGAUCGCGGAGGUAGCAAUAGAAAGAAGAUAGAGGAAUUCUCUAAGUCUUCUCGUGAGAAACUGCUCCAGUCGAAGAACAAAAUGUUCUCCAAAUUCACAUCGAUUCUCCAGCACGCAGUUGAGGCGCUUGCACCUUCACUGCCCUUGCAGGAAGACUUUGUAUAUCACUGGAAGGCCAUCACACAUUAUUACAUUGAGACAUCAGAUGACAAAGCCCCAGUGACCGACACCAACAUCCCCUCCCACCUGGAACAGAUGCUGGACAUCCUCACCCAGGAGGAGGGGGAGAGGGAGUCUGGGGAGACGGGGCCCUGCAUGGAAUACCUCCUCCACCACAAGAUCCUGGAGACCCUCUACACUCUGGGCAAGGCAGACUGCCCUCCAGGGAUGAAGCAGCAAGUUCUGAGUUUCUACACUAAGCUGCUCGGACGCAUCCGCCAGCCCCUGCUGCCCCACAUCAACGUCCACAGACCAGUACAGAAGCUGGUGCGUCUGUGUGGAGAGGUUCUGGCUGCCCCUACCGAGAGCGAGGAGAUCCAGUUCCUCUGCAUCGUCUGUGCCAAGCUCAAGCAGGACCCCUACCUCGUCAACUUCUUCCUGGAGAGCCGGAUGAGGAGGCCAGAAGCCCGGAGUCCUGGAGGAGAGGAGAUGGACCCUUCGUCUCCAGAUACUGGCCAGGCCCAGCCUCAGCCCCAGGCCCAGGCCCAGGCCCAGCCCCAGGCCCAAGCAGCAGCCAGCUCUGCCCAGCAGAACAACAACUAUAACCUGGUCUCCUCCCUCCUCAACCUCACCAGGAGCCCGGAUGGCAGGAUCGUGGUGAAGGCGUGUGAGGGCCUGAUGCUGCUAGCCAGCUUACCGGAGCCUGCAGCCGCCAGGAGUCUGACUGAGAACACAGAGCUGUGUGAGCUGCUGACUGCCAGGCUGGCCUCCUUCUACAGGGCUCUGCCCCAGUCCAUGGACCCCCUGGAUAUAGAGACGGUGGAGGCCGUAAACUGGGGGUUGGAUGUGUAUAACCUGAAGGAAGACACAGCCGUGUUCACAGGGAAGAGAGCUCUGAUCUCCUUCCUCUCCUGGCUGGAUUACUGUGACCAACUCAUCAAAGAAGCCCAGAAGACUGCGGGGGCAGUCCUAGCCAGGGCGGUGAGGGAGCGCUUCCUUGUGACGGUGAUGGUGCCACAGCUGAUGCAGACGUCAGAGGUGGGGAUCCUGACCUCCACAGCGCUGCUGAACAGGAUCAUCAGGCAGGUGACUUCAGAGGCCCUGCUGAGGGAGCUGGUGUACUUCCUGCUGGGGGAGGAGCGUGGGCCCCAGACCCUGGCCUCCAUCGCACAGCCCCCCCUCCGACACAGACUCAUAGAGCACUGUGACCACCUGUCUGAUGAGAUCAGCAUCAUGACCCUGCGGCUGUUUGAGCAGCUCAUCCAGAAGCCAGAGCAGCACGUGCUGAGCAGCCUGGUGCUGCGUGGGUUGGAUGACCGCAGCUACCUGGAGAACAGACCCCCAGACGAGAUCCUGGAGAACGGCCAGGCCCACGACGCUGUAGACCUGGAGGAGGACCCUCUGUUUGGAGAUGACCUGUCUUCAGAGAGCAGACUGUCCUGCUCUGAUUGGCUGAGCUCAUCUCCGCCCCAGAGUCCAGACCACGCUAAGCCUGAUGGGAAGACGGAGGUCCACAAGAUUGUAAACAGUUUCCUGUGUCUGGUUCCUGAUGAGGCGAAAUCCUCCUAUCACGUGGAGGGCACCGGGUACGACACCUACCUGAGAGACGCCCACAGACAGUUUAAGGACUGCUGUGUGGUGUGUGAGCGCUGGGACUGGCGAUCCAGCCCCCGGCCCCUGGAGAAGUGCGACCUGGACGGCUCCUUCUUCGAGGGACACUUCCUCAAGGUGCUGUUUGACCGGAUGGGACGCAUCUUGGACCAGCCCUACGACGUGAACCUGCAGGUGACCUCUGUCCUGUCCAGACUGGCCCAGCUCCCUCACCCCCACGCUCACGAGUACCUGCUGGACCCUUACAUCAACCUGGCCCCCGGCUGCAGGUCCCUGUUCUCUGUCAUCGUCAGGGUGGUCGGGGACCUGAUGUUGAGGAUUCAGAGGAUCCCAGACUUCACCCCCAAACUCCUGCUGGUUAGGAAGCGUCUUCUGGGACUGGAGCCAGAGGGCACCAACAUCGACCACCUGACGCUGCUGGAGGGGGUGAUCGUCCUGGAGGAGUUCUGCAAGGAGCUGGCUGCCAUCGCCUUCGUCAAGUUCCACGCAUCUGCCUCCACCUCCCCCUGACCCCAGCAGGACCAGACUGGACCAGGGUCCCAGGGAGACCGGGGGGACCGGGGCGUGGGUCAGGUCAUCCCAGCAUUCCCUGGUCCUGGGAACUAGGAUGAAGGGUUGAGGAUGGAGGAGGGAACUCUCUGGACUGUAGAGCUGCACGUGCUCUGUACCUCCCCCCUGAUCCUCCCCCCUCCUCCUCUCUUCCUUCAGCAGUACAGACAGGCUGUUGCCCUCUCUCUGUACUCCAUACAGAUCAGGUUGAUGAGGGUGCGGUGUGGGUGGUAUUCAGAACCACCAGGGACUUCCUGUUUAAGGAGCCCUCUGAUUGGAUCAGGUCAUCUGUGAUUCAGGCCAUAGGGAGAGGAAUCACUAACACCCCUCUGCAGUCUAGACGUUUCUACCUACAUUACAGUGAAUGUAAAAUAGAUCCAUCUUCAUUCUAACAUGGAGACAAGGAGCUGCAGUUUGUAUCUGAGAUACUAGAAUCCCCUUUUAUUGCCAAGCCCUCAUAUUUAUUCACAUUUGAUUUCACAUUGCCUUUUCAGUAUACAUAAGUUUAUUACAAGUAUUUAUAAUUCCUUACAGACUAAGGAGAAAUGUUGUUUCAGAUCCUCAUCGCUAUUAAACCUGGUUGUCGUGUUGUUACCAUGAGAACCGUACAGUAGUGCUAUUCUGGCCUUCCCUCUCUUGUCGCCUUUGUUUGUUUACGCUGUGUGGAUAGUCUGUAGUAACCACUGACCAUGUCACAGCACACAGCAGGCCGCCUUUCUGACCUGGAAACCAUGUGCUUGAUCACCGACGUCUCUGAACGGUGAAUUUGUUACAUAUCACGUUUAUGUUUUACAUCAUGAGGGAGUUUAAGUUGGCAUUUGUGGAAAGAGACAUCUUUCUUUUGCAUCCAUAAUAGUAUUUGUAUGAUCAAAAUGGACACUGUUUAUCAGUACCUGUAUGACAGAGCAGUAAUGAUACCCAUAUCAUUUUCUAUUUUUAGGGAGUAGAAGGGAGGGGUGGUAAUUCAGGAAAAAGUGUUGCAAAUUCCUGUGCUUUAUGUAUUUAGUUUUAGUUCUUGGCUAAGUUUGUAACAGAGUUUGUGACAGACGGCACAUGCGUUUGAUAGUAAACUUCUCUCUAAGCUUCUGCUCUUAUACAAGUGAAUGCUUGGGGAAGAUGGCGGUUCCCUCUGGAGUUAGUUAACCAGCUGUUAUCCAGCACGGUCUUUGUUGAGGAGAGACAACCUUGUCCUGAGUGCAGGGGCGAGUUACCCAACAAGAUGUUGAGAUCCAUUUUUACUUCUAUAUGUGGCUGGUUGGCUGGUUGGCUGGCUUGAUCAGUGAACCAGUUGGAUUAUCUUUCAUGGAGCUUUGAUUCUUACGCUUAAUUGUUUAUUUAAUCUAAAUUAAGGAUGUACUUAAUGUAACCAAUGCAGGUGCUGAGGAUGCAGUGUGUUUCAUGUGUUGAGAGGGUGUAGAGAUGCAGGGCUGUCUGGAUGAAUGUUAUGGCUGGAUGAGGCUGUUUGUGAGGUGAAGUACCGUCCCUCUCUGAACCCUUUCUAAACACCGAGCUACUUAUGCAAAUGUUUGCAUGAAAUCAGAUUUGCACAUUGUCUUGUUCAUAUGUUGUACAUACGUAAAACACUCAAAAAGCUUCUUGUUUUCAAGUGUUUGUUGUUUCAUGAACCAAAAAAAUACUAAGAUUUACCAUCAGAAGACUGACGUGUCUAUUUUAAUGGAGAAAAAAAGCAUCUUUUUAUCCUUGAUCGUGCACAUUUUUAUCAAAGUUUUAAAUCUUUCUGUACCUGUAAAUACUGUGUGCGCAGUAGCAACAGUGAGAUUCCAGGUGUAAAUGCAUGCAUCCAACAUGGCUUGUUUAAAUAGUGACCAGUCUGUCCACCUGUGACAGCAGCUGGGUUCACACCCCGGCCGGGUCUGGACCCCAGAGGAUGGGUUUCUUCUGUUUCUUCUGUCUCAUGACGCUUUGUGAAGGCGCACAGACGCUGUUUCCUGUCUGCAGAGGCAGGAUCUAGUGAGGUCAUGUUUGUCUUCUACUGUCAUGGAUAUCAGCUUAGACCAAUCACUGUAACUUUCGUAUGAAAUUGUUUUGUUGUUGCUCCAUUUAAUCAUUGAACCCUUCACUGCUGCUUCCCACUGCCGUGAAGCAGCAGGAUGUAACAGGCCUGCUGUACUGAUGCUCCGGAUCUUUCUGUGAUGUGCAUAUUUCUAUGUUGGGUAAGGUGCAUGUUCAUGCCUGUGUUCCUGUGCCCUGAGGGGGUAAGAGACCAGACCCCCCUCUGCCUGGUCCUGCUCUGUGUUAGGAUCCAUGCAGGACAUUCUGGCUGUUUGACAUGCUCCGUCCUAAUAAACAAAACAUCCCUGUA